CAUCAAUGCUAACUAUAAUUACAGGGGGAUGUGAUGUUUCUACAACACGAGUGGAGCUACUGAUAAAUGGCCUGGUAAAAUUAAAGACAGCUGGAAAUUGUAAUGAGGCACUGGYACGGAAAUCCUGGAAUACAAGYCAWUACAUAGGACAACUCGCACAGAUAAGGAUAGUUGACGAGGGUGAUGACUCUCAGUGGGCGUACAUCAGUUUUGAUGAUUUGAGAACGUCUAGCAGUUGCCAAGAUCUGCAGGCUUGUAAAUCCAACCAGUCAAUGUGUCUAGAAAGCAAGGAUAACRAAACAGAAGUGAUUUGUCGUUGUGGUACCAGCUAUAAAGACUCACUGCCUUGUGGAGAUGACAGSUCAUGUAAUAUCAGCAGUGGAAGCUGCCAUAGCAUUUGCGCAAUCGACGACUGCGYAUGUCAGGAAUGUACUUGUAAAAGCGGAUACCAAUUCAAUAAGACCUCUUUGAAGUGUGAAGACGUCGAUGAAUGCGCAUCGAAUGCUGGUGGAUGUCAGUACGCAUGUGUUAACACACUAGGAGGAUACCACUGUACUUGCCAAGAGGGAWAUCGCUUGGAYAGCGACAAGAAGRRUUGCAUUGAUAUCGAUGAGUGUAAACUAGUCAAGAAUGGUGGAUGUCACCAACACAGUCUAUGCUCUAAUUCCCWAGGUAGUUUUUCUUGCGUCUGUUUUCAAGGCUGGAGAAAAAACUUAAGUAACCCUUUGCAGUGUCUUGACAUAGAUGAAUGUGCGCUUAAUUCGCCRUGCAAACCAACCCAAUCGUGUGUCAAUACCCUGGGGUCUUACCGUUGUGACUGUGGGCCUGGUUAYAAAACWGACCAAUUCAAAAACUGUGUUGAUAUUGAUGAGUGUCAGACGAUGAACGGAGGGUGCGACCAUGUGUGUACAAAUUCUCAAGGCUCAUUCAGAUGCUCAUGCAAAAGUGGCUACACUCUUUCCUCCAACGGAAAAACGUGUUCAGAUAUCAACGAAUGCGCAAGUAACAAUGGUGGAUGCAAACAACGUUGCUAUAAUUACGAGGGAAGUUAUAAAUGUGGUUGUAACCCUGGAUACAGCCUUAGCAACGAUACUAUAUCCUGUGAGGAUAUUAACGAGUGUAUGUCUAAUUCAGGCUGCUCUCAUACUUGUACCAACGAAGAGGGUGGUUACAAAUGCUCAUGUCGUCAAGGAUACACUCUUGACCAUGACAACCACAACUGUACRGAUGUUGAUGAAUGUCUGUCUAAUAAAGCCAAUUGUAGUCAUAACUGCAUAAAUACCCAAGGCGGGUAUAACUGUACCUGUAACCAGGGCUACGAUCUCCAUUACGACGGAAAGGCAUGCAUYGACGUAGACGAAUGUCUUGGCAACAACCAAUGUGAGCAGCUUUGCACAAACACCGAAGGUAGUUUCCAKUGUUCAUGUCUUCCAGGCUUUAAGCUGCGGGACAAUGARAGAAGCUGCCAAGAUGUCAAUGAAUGUGAAKUCCAUCCAAACCAACYCUGUGAACGUAUCUGUAUAAACACGCCUGGUAGCUAUCGGUGUUCCUGUCCUCCAGGGUACGCUYUAAACCCCGACAACAAAACAUGCACRGACGUAGACGAAUGCAACGAUASCAGCACAUGUGAGCAAACGUGCACUAACGAGAUUGGCUCUUACAAAUGCAGCUGCAACRAAGGAUACGYUCUGGSUUAUGAUAAUAAAUCAUGCCAUGACAUUAACGAGUGCCUUGAAAAAGACGCUUGUGACCAUGAAUGCGUCAACAACAACGGGAGCCACUAUUGCCUGUGUUCAAAAGGGUAUAGCCUCGCGUCGGAUAAGAAGUCUUGUCUAGAUAUAGAUGAAUGUCUUAAUAACAAUGCUUGCCAAGAAAUCUGUACCAAUACAAUCGGAAGCUAUGAAUGUUCGUGUGAAAGUGGAAAGGUUCUUCAGUCAGACGRAAAGACAUGUAAAGUUCCAGCUCCUCUAAAUGAAGCUUUAGAUAAAGCGAAAAAGGGAAUUCAGGAUGCAAAAAGUUCAUCAGAAAUAUCAGAAGCUACUAAGGCGGUUAGUGAUUCUCUCUCUGUUGCUAAGAAAAUCACCAGCAAAGAAAUUGAAGCCACUGUUGAGGUAUUAGAACAAAUUGGAUCCAAAGUCAAAGAUGUACCAACUAACAGUACUGUACCGGAAAUGAAAAAUCUGCUCAAGAGCUACGUCGAGGUUACAAGCUUCAUUAUAGAUCCCAAAAACAGGCCUUCCUGGGAAAAUGKAUCUAAAGACGACGGAUCCUCCAAGGUUGCCAGUAUACCCGGYACGGUGGAAAAUAUGACAGACAACAUUUUUGAGAUUGUAAAGACUAAAGGCAUCAAGGAAAUGAAUGUUAACAUCAGCGACAAGAACAUGAAUCUUCAGCUAAAUAUAAUGAAGAGAAACACCUUUAAAGGUUUUCAAUACCAGUCGAAAUCGUCAAAAGUUACGCUUGACGAGUCUCUGGUCAAGGAUUUAGAUAACGAUGAGCUUAUUGGAGUUUCUUACACUACAUUUCCAAAUUUAGGAGACUUAAUUUGUGACGUAAACUCCGACGUUGUGUCUAUAAAUGUGCUAAAUGUGAAAAAGAGAUACCUAGCRGAUCUGCCCGAACCAGUAAUUUUGGAGUUCAAUCAUCGUAAGCCAACUGAUGACAGUUUGCCUUUGUGCAGCUUUAUAAACGAAAAUCGCAAAUGUCCACCCUUGAUGACACCCAUAAAGAAGCGCUAAAAUACAUCUCUCUGGUUGGUUGUUGCGUUUCAAUUUGCUUUUGCGCUUUGACAGUCUUGGCUUUAACUUUAACAAUGCGACACCCAAUGGAAAAGAAGGCGCGAUUUGAGACGUUCAAACUACACAUCAAUCUUGUWGUAGCCAUUGGUCUUUCACAAAUGUGGUUUGUGAUUGGUUCAUUCUUAGUGAACGUCAACUUGGUGGCUUGUCGAGUUGUCUCAAUCUUCACACAUUAUUUUCUUACGGCGUCUUUCUGUUGGAUGCUUGUAGAAGGAAUUAAUGUCUACAAUAAGGUUGUUAAAGUCUUCAGUACCAAAAAAUAUGGAAAGUUCUAUUUUACUCUCGGUUGGGGUUUUCCUCUUAUCAUGGUGAUCGUGACCUCAGCAGCCGUGUUUAACAAAUAUGGACCCCAGAAUAUUUGCUGGCUUCACAAAGAUGUYAUUUGGGUAUUUGCAGUUCCAGUAAUGGUUGUGAUUGUGGCCAAUCUCUUUGUUCUUCUGUCUGUUGUUUACGUGCUACUGCGCAAGACAAUGGCAUUUACUGCCACUCCAAACAAACCAAAAGAAAACACGAAAGCCAAGCGAACUGUUAAGAUCACCGUCGUUCUACUUCCYCUUCUUGGACUUACCUGGGUGUUCGGAUUCCUGGCCAUCGACAAGAACUUUAUUGUCUUCCACUACUUGUUUGCAAUCAUCAAUUCAUUACAAGGAUUUUUCAUUUUUAUCGCACACUGCUGGAUCAACGAGUCGAUUCGCAGGGCUUUGCUGGAAAAAUUACCAUCACUACCACAAUCUCUUAGCAAGUAUCACUCCAGUACCAAGUCUGGCGGAGUUGGUGGUGACGGCGAUGGCCAAAAACAAAGUCAAAUAGAAUCCAAUGCCUUUGAUAACGAAACUUGCAGUGCAUCUGUUCCAAUGCCUGUUCAUAUCACAAUGUCAACUGUCCAGUUGUUGAAUUUGAGGAAGAAUUCGCCUGAACCUCGAAGAUCUGAAGCCAUUAAUGACUGUAUGGAGCAUGUCAGCCAACUCCCUAAUUUUGCACAGUGAGGGCUCUCGGCACGAGGACAAUGUUUUAAAAUAUAUGUGAAUAACAGUUUCUUAGCUGUUGAAUAUAUCGUCACAUACUAAAUAUAUCACCGAAGCCUUACUCAGAACACUUUCAAAAUAAAUGUAAAUACUUCAGCCUUUAAGAACUACAAACAUAUAGAAAAUCUGUGCCGUAGCAAAACUUAAUAUCUAAAGAAGCGUGCAAACACAAGCAACAUUUAUUUGUUGAAUUUAUUUUUGCACAAGACUCAGUGGCGUCAACAACGCGAACAACAAGCCCUAAUGGAACAACUGGUUGCUCAAUAAAAAAUUCGAUAUUGCUUUGUACAUUUGCAAGGCUAUUAAGAAUGUAUAUAAAAUAUAAUAAUGUGGCGCACUGAUUAGUUCAAUCAAUAAUAUACUCUAAUGUUAUCGUUGUUAAA